AUGCAGAGCUCUCCGAGAUAUCUGCUGGUUGCAUCAGCACUUGCACUAUGUGCCGUGGUUGCACUGUUCGCGCUGGCCUCUGACCAGUAUCAAACGUUGAUGAACAACGACAAGGGCGAGCUUGAACAAGUCAACCGCAAGGCAGUCGCAGAGUUGCAGCAGAUGUUGAAGAAGCAGUCCUCCAUGGACGUGAAGGAAGCUCAGCUCUUCCAGGAGAUCAGGACUAGCCAGAAGAAGUCUGCUGUGCAUGCCGCUGCUCAGAAGAAAGCUGCUACCCUCUCAGCACCCAGCGGGGCUGUUUCCCUUGGGAUGGUCUCGUCUUUCGAAACCAGGAAUCCUGAGAUGACAGAGCUCCACAUGUCUAAAGUUGAGAGGCUGAAGAAGGAGCUUGCUCAGGCAGAAAAGGAGGCGGCUGCGAAGAAGCAACCGAAGGUUGCCAAGAAAGUGAAUUCCGCAAAGCCAAAAUCACCGCUCCAGAAGCUUAAAGAUCAGGAGGGGAAGCUGGUCACUGCUGCUGAGUUCAAGCAGUUGAAUCCUCAGCAGGCCAAGAGUGAAGACACCAAGAUUGCCAAAGAAGCAGGAAUGAAGAGCAUGGGAUGGAUGGGAAGCAAGUCCUAUAUCGACAACAAGCUCAAGUCCCUCAAUUGUGAUCCUUCCAACUUCGUGUGCACGGGAACACCAGAACAAAAGAAAGAGGCUUUGAAGAUGAUCAAGCAAAUUAUGAAGGGGAUUCAAGGAGAUUCCAAGCAGGUAAACGCAUACGGCUGGAAGGAAGAGCACGCAUUGCCGCCUGCCCCUAAGAUGUAA